AUGACUGGAACGGGAGAAGAACCGAGAGGUUCUUCCCAGAUAAAACCCCGAUCUGAUAUCGCACCUCACUCGCCGGGCCUCGAACGGAUCAAAAAGCCAAAUAAUAUAACCACAUCACAAUCAUCCGGCGAGAAUGGGAAUAAGCUAAGAGGCGUAACAUCUGCAAUUGUGCAAUCAACUGUGCCAACAUGGAUGAAUAUUGCUAUCGUCGCUACAUUCAUAUUUGGAGGCUGUUGCUCAAAUUCUAGAGAUGAUCCUAAUUUUGGGACACUUAUCACCUUUGCGCAAUUUGUGAUAAUCGCACUUCUUACCUUACCAACUAUUUUGUCCCCGAGCGCUGGGGUCAGGUCUUUCUUCAUUUCGAAACCCACAAUUCCAUUGAAAUCAUGGAUCAUAUACACUGCAUUUUUUAUGUCUGUAAACUUACUAAACAAUGCUGCCUUCAUCUUUAAAAUCUCGGUACCUCUGCAUAUCAUUGUUCGAAGCGGUGGGCCGGUCGCCUCGAUGAUCAUUGGAUACCUCUACAAUUCCAGAAAAUACACGCCCACGCAAAUUAUCUCAGUUGCAAUCCUUUCCGUGGGUGUCGUCGCAGCGGCAAUUGCUGAUGCGAGCGCGAAAGGGAAGCCUUUAGAUCUCGGGUUGGCGGCAGGCGAAGGGUCUUCACCUAUCCUGACCUUGUCGGGGUUUAUGAUACUUGGUUUAGCGAUGGUUCUGGCUGCCUUCCAGGGCGUGUAUGCUGAUCGGUUAUAUCAACAAUAUGGCCGUGAUAACUGGCGAGAGGGCUUGUUUUACUCACAUGCCCUAUCAAUACCAUUCUUACUUCCCUCAUAUCCUCAACUAUACCCACAGUUGAAGUCUCUAUGGGCGUCCCCAUCUGUCACCGGAAUUAUCCAAACUACCUCUGCAACCGCAUCUGUUUCCCCUGGAAACACAUCUCAAUUUCUCAUGCCGGUGCUCCAACCCCUGCAAACUAUCUCCAGUCACCCAUCGAUACACCCAGUACUCUCAAUGAUCCCCGUUAAAGUUGCCUAUCUCCUCCUCAAUGCCUUGACGCAGUACCUUUGUAUACGCGGCGUCUACCUUCUAUCAGCAAAGACCUCUUCUCUGACCGUGGUUAUUGUGCUGAAUAUUCGCAAGCUAGUUUCCUUGAUCCUGUCUGUUUAUCUUUUUGGCAAUGUCCUCACUUCUGGAGUACUUGCUGGCGCUUCCUUGGUGUUUUUGGGGGGCGGAAUAUACGCUUAUGAAGGAGCAAGACUGAGAAGGCAGCAAGCCAAGGAUAAAGACGCAUAG